CCCCUGAUCACACAUAUGUGGACAGCCGACCCAUCAGCUCACGUCUUCGAGGACCGGAUCUAUCUCUGUGCGUCCCACGAAAUCGACGCUGAUGUCCCAGCUAACUCUGAGGGAGACCAUUUCGCAAUGCGAGAUUACCACGUCUUCUCGAUUGAAGAACUAAGU